AAUUUCUUUACUGUCAUCUCUCGGACAUCUUAAGUCUUGUGAUUUUUGUACAAAGUUUUUUUGUUAAGUAUUGUUUUAAUUUUUAAUUAGUUUUAUUUUCAAAAUGUCGUCCGAAAUGUUAAUACGAGAGCCACCGCCCACAAGAAUGAUUUUCAAGGCAAUCGACGAACAAAGUUCUGAGGAGCCUCCGAUGGAGGAAUGGUCUUCGUGUCAACUGGAAGUCAAUGAAACUAAUGUGAAGAAAGCCUUGUUUCAAGAGGGUCUUUAUGCACCAGGAAGUGGAGAAAUAUGCACUAAAUACAUUACUGUUUCUGACAGCUCAGUUCUAAGACACCCAUAUUUUAACUACCCUGGAGUCAUCGAUCCUGGUAUUGAAAAAGCUUUGCUACAACCAGAACCUCCUAUAAUAUACCCUGACGAUGGUCAGGUAUUAUAUCUUGAGCUGUGCAAAGAAAUGGGACAGUGCCCAGUUAGAAUGUUCCAUAAAGGACUACUGAACGAUGUGAUAGAUUUGAGGUAUUACGGUGUAAAUCCAAACAGUGUCCGAUGCAUGGGCAUUGCAAUGAAAUUUAAUAAUUUUGUCAAAGUUUUAAAUUUAACCGAUAAUUUCUUGAAUAACGACGCUUGUUACCACCUUGGUGAGAUGCUUACUACGAAUUCGUGUUUACGAGAAUUGAAUCUUUGCGGAUGUCGCAUUGGUGUUGAAGGUCUUCGAAGAUUACUUCCCGGCCUCAUCGUAAAUAGAUCUUUGAAAGUAUUGAAUCUUAAUAAAAAUCAGCUGGGUGAUACUGGGAUACAAUUAGUAGCAAGAGGUAUAGUUCGCGGUAUGGACGUCGAAAAUUUAUAUCUUAGUUAUAAUGAUCUCAGUGCUAAUGCAGCCAAUAUAUUAACUGAAGCUUUCAAUAGGCACAACAAACUUGUUUUACUAGAUCUGUCUUGGAAUAAUCUGUACUCGCCUGCAGAGGUAUACGUUUUAUUAACUAAACUUGCUCAAAAUGAAUUUUUGCAGACAUUAGAUUUAUCUUGGAAUUCUUUAGCCGGAGCCAGGAUCGGUAAUGCUAUAAAAAUAUUAAUGAAAGCUCCUAAUUUGCAAAAUUUGAACUUAAGCAACAAUAGAUUAACCGGUGAUGCUAUAUCCAACCUGCUGAAGAAUAUAGAAAAACCCCAGAAUCUCGUUCUGAAUCUCUCGUACAAUCCUAUGACACCAACUGAUGCCUUAUCCAUCCUUAAUAAGUUGAAGUUACCUGAAGUGAAACUAAAUACACUUUUGUUAGACAACGUUUUAGUGGGGUGCGAAUUUUUGGAGGCUCUUAAAGAAAUCAGAGAACUUGAAUUUCGUAGGGAUACAAUCAUAACCCACGGAGGAUUAACUAAUGGCAACAAGCCUACUGGACCUGAUCCUCGUGAUGUGGUGUUAAACAGAGCUGAUUUUCUGUGCCUGAAUCCAAAGAAACAACCUAUAGACAUUGCUUUAGUAUUAUUGAAGCUACUAAAAACAGGUAACAAGAUUAUGAGUAUAAAGGACUUUGCGAAAACUCUUCGAAGGUCCGGUGUUCCUCUGGAUCCAGAUUUAAUUGAAGAAAUGACAGAUGCGUUCGCAGGACCACGGACAACUAAAGCUAAAGUAAUCGAUCUAAAGCUUGUCGCAGAUUACAUUAAAAGGAAAUGGCCUGAGAGAAAAUUGCCCGUUACGCCUCCACCUGAACCAAUACGAAAGAAGAGCAAAAGGAAGGCGAAAAAGAAACAUUGAAAAACCACUUUUAUUUUUAGAUGAUAGUUUUAGUUUGUGGUAUUUUUAAACAAUUUAACGUUUAUUCUUUUUUUAAUUUACUAAGUUUGUGGAGAGUAGGUAAGUUUUAGACAAAGUUUUUUUUUAAGGAUUAGGUAGUUCAUUUGCUAAAUAAAUUGACAAUAAAUGUAUUAAAGUCUUAUCUAAAAUAA